AUGCCGAGCCACCACAGCCAUAAGAAAGGCCAUGCCAGCGGCAGCAAAAAAGAGUAAGACCCCAUCGUCUUGUAUAGAGCAAGGGAAAAUAACCGAGUUGAAUUGCAGUAAAUCAUCUUCCAGAAAAAAAGCUGCACCAGACAACACCAAUGACAACAAUGAUGCCACGGCUCAACAACAAUCUAGUGAAGGCAUUCAGCUUGGAAGAUGGGCAUACGAAGUCUCACACGACAACCUCACAUUUGCUGAGAGACUUGAGAAGUCAGCGUGGGAAGAUACACAGAAGCGUUGA